AUGGCGGCUCUUUAGGAGAAACGAAACGGGGAACCGGGCUCACAUUCUCUGCGUCAAACACCCGUAAACAAACCCUCCGAACCGGGGGGUGAAAACUGCGCCCGCCGAAACCCGCUGAGACGCAUCUGCAGGGACGCAUUUGGAGGCUAAAAACCCUGCAAAAAUAGGAGUAAUUAUUCCACCAUGAGAGGGAAAAGAGGCAGGCCGCCCAAACCUCUCCAAGCAGAGGAUUCUUCCCCGGCUGCAACGCGAGGUUUGCGGCCGCGGAGGAACAUAAAGCCUCGGGUGAGAGGAGACAACCACAGCGGGGAUGAGGAGGCAGAGAGCCCCGCAAGAGAGAGCCCUAAGAGGCGGAGAGGAGGGGGUAGGUCGGGGACGACAACACGGGGCCGGGGAAGAGGUGGCAGAAGUCGGGGCCGAGGAGGGAGGCGAACCCCGGUCUGCAAAACCGUGGUGUACGACGACCAUGAGAGUGAUGAAGACGACGAUGCUGUGAGUCUGAGAUCCGAAGAGGAGGAGGUGGAGGAGCCCCAGUCUGAGGAAGAUGAGGCCCUGAAAGACGAGUCUGACUGCCUGGAGGAGGAAGAUGAAGAGGAGGAUGGUGGAAGUUUCUGCACGGAAAGUAGCUUCAGGAGUCAGAGCACACAUGCAAGCACUCCGGGGAAGAGAAAAGUCCGGCCUCGACCUCGCACCCCUAUCCUGGAGGAGAAGGAGAUCCCUCUUCUCAAGCUUCCCGACUCCUCCGAGGAUCUCCUGGUUCCCUGCGCUGAACUUCUCAACGCCACCUCCAUCUACGAGGUGCUACGUAACUUCAGCACGGUGCUGCGUCUCUCCCCGUUUCGCUUCGAGGACUUCUGUGCGGCGCUGGUGGGUCAGGAGCAGUGCACUUUAAUCGCAGAGACUCAUAUCGCCCUCUUGAAGGUCAUCCUACGUGAAGAAGACACCUCCAAUACCACGUUUGGCCCGGCUGACCUCAAAGACAGCACAAACUCCACCCUGUAUUUUAUCGACGGCAUGACGUGGCCGGAGGUUCUGCGGGCGUACUGCGAGAGCGACCGGGAGUACCAUCACGUGCUGCCCUAUCAGGAAGUGGAUGAGUAUCCUUAUGGUCCGCUUGAGAGUAAAGUCAAGGUGUUGCAGUUCUUGGUGGAUCAGUUUCUGACCACCAACAUCGCCCGCGAGGAGCUGAUGUCCGACGGCAGCAUGCUGUACGACGACCACUGCAGAGUGUGUCACCGGCUCGGGGACCUGCUGUGCUGCGAGACCUGCUCAGCCGUCUACCACCUGGAGUGUGUGAAACCCCCGCUGGUGGAGGUACCGGAGGACGAGUGGCAGUGCGAGAUCUGCGUCGCUCAUAAAGUGCCGGGGGUCACCGACAGCGUGACGGAGGCGCAGAAGAACCGACCGUAUAUCAGACAGGAGCCCAUCGGAUAUGACCGCCACCAGAGGAAGUACUGGUUCCUGAACAGGAGGAUUGUUGUUGAGGAGGACGGGGAGCAUGAGAAGAAGAGGAUCUGGUACUACAGCAGCAGGAAGCAGCUGGAGGACCUGAUGGAGAGCCUGGACCAGCAGUACUGGGAGGUCGAGCUCCACGCCACCCUGGAGGAGAUGAAGGAGGAGGUCCACGCUCACAUGGACAUCACAGAGGACCUCACCAACAAAGCCCGCGGGAACAACAAAGCCUACCUCACCGCUGUCAACGACGUGAUCACGGAGCGUCUGAAGAUCCGGCAGGAAGCUCAGGAGGCGAAGACGCGAGCGGAGGAAGCAAAGCAGGAAGCAGAGAGGGGGUCCUCAAUGACGACGGAGCAGACAGCUGACGUCUCCUCGCAGCUCGACCACAGAGAGCACAAAGACUCUGAAGCUGCAGAGGAGAGCAGCGUCUCUGUAUCUAACCCCGGAGCUAACCCCGGAGCUGAGGGGACGCAGCCUGCUAACAGCACGAGUCAGGAGGAAGGGGAACCCUCUUCACUUGCGAAGCAGGAGGGAACAGGUGAGGAUGCUAAAGCCGAGUCUAGUAAAGAAGAUCCUCACCAGCCGCUGCAGCAGUCGUCUGAACCCGAGGCGAGCGGCGGCGGACAUGUUUCCAGCCUCAGGAAACCGGAGCAGCCGGACCUGGCUGAUCGCACCUCCAGGUCCUCGUUCACCAGCCAGGACGGGACGGACGAGUACAACGGCAAGGUGAACAGCAGUGUGGGGAAACCAGCAGCAGAGGAAACCAACCACCAAACAACCACAGGCAGCAAAGAGUCGUCUCCGGUUCAUUUCGAUGGUGACUCCUCCCGUCUCAGCUUCUUAAAAAGGGAAUUGUCUGUGAACAUAAACAACCUGUUCAAGCUGGGUCAGGAGGGGAAGUACAGAGUGUACCACAACCAGUUCAGCACCAACGUCCUGGCUCUGAACAAACACCAGCACCGCGAGGACCACGACAAGAGGCGCCACCUGUCCCACAAGUUCAGCCUCACCACCACCUCCGAGUUCAAGUGGAACGGAUCCAUCUACGGGUCCCGGAGCCUGACCGUGUCCACGCUGCGCCUCACCAUCAUCCAGCUGGAGACCAGCGUCCCCGGGCCCUUCAUGCACCCCAACUGGGCCUCACACAGGACCAACUGGAACAAAGCAGUGCAGAUGUGCAGCAAGGCCAGGGAGUUCGCUCUGGCUCUGGCUAUACUGGAGUGUGCCAUCAAACCAGUGGUGAUGCUGCCGGUGUGGAAAGACUCUCUGGGACACACGAGGCUGCAUCGCAUGACCUCCAUGGAGCGGGAGGACAAGGAGAAGGUGAAGAAGCGAGAGAAGAAGCUGGAGGACGAGGAGACGUUGCAACAGGCCACCUGGGUGAAGUACACCAUCCCCAUCAAGCACCAGGUGUGGAAGCAGAAGGGUGAGGAGUACAGAGUGACGGGGUACGGUGGAUGGAGUUGGGUCAGUAAAACUCAUGUGCCGAGGUUCGUCCCAAAGCUGCCCGGCAACACAAACGUCAACUACCGCAAAGACCUGGAGGCUAAAAUGAGGAAGGAGAAUGCAGCAGCUUGCACGAAUAAGCAGAAAAAGCCGACUGAAACUGAGACGACUCAAAACACAUCGGAGGGCGUCAGUGAACCAGCGUCCAUCACUGCGUCAUCAGAGGACAAACCUCAGAUCUCCAAAGAGGAAGACAAACCUGCAGAGGAGGAGGGGUUAAAAACUGUAGAAGAGAAGCAGAAAGAAGAGGAGAAAAUGGAGGUCGACCCUUCCUCCCCUUCCUCGCAGCCUCUGAGGGAAGAACCGAUCCAGAAAGUUGAACCCAAGAAGGAAGACGCCGCCACAUCGAAGCUUUUUUCCGACGUUGUGAACGUCAGCGAAGGCUUCCAGCUGAGGACAGCUUACAAGAAGAAGGUGAAGCCCUCCAAACUGGACGGGCUUUUGGAGCGCCGGGUCAAACAGUUCACCCUGGAGGAGAAGCAGAGGCUGGAGCGAAUGAAGCAGGCGGCGCUUCUGGCAAAAAUAGCCGCCAUGAAGCCUGGAGUUAAGUCAGAGGGAUCGACGUUAGGGAAACAGCAGCCGGCCGUCACCCCGUGCGUCAAAAAAGAGAAGGAGGAAGGCGUUCCUGUGAAAGACAACGUGGUGAAGAAGCUCGACUUUGAGCAGGAGCAGAUCAAACCAGACGUGGAGGUCAAACAGACAGAGGUGAACGCCGUGCACAGAGAGGUGAACGGAGGACCGCCGCCGAGCACCGAGCCCAGCGGGAAAAACAACUGCAUAUCGGACGCAAUGGAGAAGAAGCCGGGAGAGAACGCUAAGAAACGUGGGUUCGAGGAGGUGGAGCAAGGCGGUGCACAGAGCAUGGAGGUGGAGCAAGUGCAGGUGAACGGGAAGACUGAGGGAGGCGUUCCUGCAGAAAACAACUCAGAACCGGCCCACAGCGAGCCUCAGAAAGAGCCCGUCAAGUCUCUGAUGAACGGGAACCUCGCGUCCGACGUCUGUCACCUGCCUCCUCUGAAGGUCCCGAAACUGGAGAACCACGUGGCGGACAAAGGAGACUCCUUGGCGUUGGAUAGCGAGCCUGCUAAGCCUCCAUCCUCCACCCCUUCUCUCCUGAAUAGUAAAAGUUCUGAAGGUUUGAAGACCACCACCACCACAGACGCCCCGAACACAGACCUGACAUCUCAAACAGGAAGUCCCGCAGUCUCCUCCCGGGCCGCCGUCCCACAGAAAACCAAACUUCCAACGUCCACUUGCAGCUCCAUGACGAUCAGUAAAGAGUACUCCACCAAAGGCCGGGUCAGCCUCCUGCGGUUCUACAAGUCCAGGAAGGCACGCUCGGGUACAGCACUGCCGUCCUACCGCAAGUUCGUCACCAAGAGCAGCAAGAAGAGCAUCUUCAUUCUGCCCAACGACGACCUGAAGAGGAUGGCGAGGAGAGCGGGCAUCAGGGAGGUGCCCAUCUUCAACUACAACGCCAAGCCCGCCCUGGAUAUCUGGCCCUACCCCUCGCCUCGACCCACCUUCGGGAUCACGUGGAGGUACCGUCUGCAGACAGUGCGCUCUCUGGCCGGGGUCAGUCUGAUGCUCCGGCUGCUGUGGAGCUGCCUCCGCUGGGACGACAUGGCCGUGAAGCCGUCUGCAGCUGUAGGGACGACUCGCAAGGAGACCACGGAGACGGACAUCACCACCACAGAGAUCAUCAAGCGUAGAGACGUGGGGCCGUACGGGAUCCGCUCGGAGUACUGCGUCAGGAAGAUCAUCUGUCCGCUCGGAAACAGAGACACCCCCAAAGAAACCCCCACUCCCCAGAGGAAGGGUCUUCGCUCCAGCGCCCUGAGACCGAAGAAGCAUGAACCAGCAAAGCCUACUGGUCCUGUGGCCGUGGAGACCUGGGUCCCUGAGGAGGAAAUGGAGCUGUGGGAGAUCAGGGCUUUCGCUGAGAGGCUGGAGAGGGAGAAGUCUCAGGGCAUCGACUCCUCUAAGAGCGGCAGCACCCUGAAGACGGCCGAGGAGGUCAAAGCUCAUCUGGAGAACCAGCUGAAACAGGCCAGACUGGCUGCACAGCAGAAGCGUCUGGAGCAGCAGAGACCAGGAACCCCUGCCACGCCUCCCUCUUCUUCCUCACCCUGCCCCUCCCCCAGCACCCCGGCGUCCACCAUCCACAGGCUGGGGGGUCAGGUGACCUCUGGGACGAAGAUGGUUCUCGCCACCAAGCUGGGCUCUCCGGUUUCCUUCCAGCAGGACAAGAACUUCCACCAGUCCUUCGCCUCCUGGGUGAAGCAGGGCCAGAACAACAGCAGCUCAGGUGUAGUCCAGCAGAAGGUCCUAGGUAUCUUCCCCUCCGGUCCCCCUGCUAACCUGAGGACCUACAGCACGUUACAUCCAACCACUGGAAACAUGAACCUCAGAGCCUCCAACACCACCACCCCCCCGCAGCAGACCGUCACAACAGUAGGCCAAAUCCAAUCCAGCACCACACCCACCCCGGCUACCUCUGUGGGCGCAGCGAUGGUCAGGUGUCCAGCGUUGACUCAACAAGGCCUGCCUCAGCAGACGACUACACAGACAGGUUCUGGUUCUACCCCCCUGCAGACGCCUCAGAGAGCCCCUGCACCAUCACCUCAUGCGGCCCCCCAGACCCCUGCAGCCACGCCCACGCCCAGCAGACCCCAGCAGGGUCAGGUGAAGCUCACCAUGGCUCAGCUCAUGCAGCUGACGCAGGGCGCUCAGGGGGGGAACCCAGGUCUGACGGUGGUGAUCCAGGGUCAGGGUCAGACCCAGGGUCAGCUGCAGAUCCUCCCCCAGGGGGUGACGGUCGUCCCCAGCCCGGGGCAGCAGCUCAUGCAGGCAGCCAUGCCCAACGGCCAGGUCCAGCGCUUCCUCUUCACCCCCGUUACCCCUUCGUCAUCCCCCUCCUCACCCACUACGACCCCUCAAAUGCCGACUCAAACCAGAGCCCCCGCACAAGUCCAGACUACCCCCUCCUCCCUGACACAAACAAAAAUGGUCGCCCCUCUUCCUGUCACGAUGCAAAUGCCGAGUUUGGCCCCCAUGCAGACCAAAGUGGCAGCACAAUCUCAGAUAUCCUCACCCACUUCCCUCCCACAUGUAAAACCCCCUGUUCCCUCCGCAGCGAUGACUCAAACCCCUACACAUGUCUCCAGCCUCACCCCGGGGGGUUUCCCUGCACAAACCCCUGUUUCACUUCCUGUCCUUGCACCUCAAAUCCAGACACAUGUGUUAAGCCCCGCCCCUUCUUUAGCCCCCACCUCAGUCAAAACCUCCCCCCAAAUGGCUGCAUCUACAAACUUGGUUCAGAUCCCAGCGUCCGCCUCCCUCCCCUCCCCCGUCAGAGUCCCGACCUCGGCUCUCGCCCCCGUCUCCUCCCCAGUGAUAGGUGUGGUCUCCACCCAGGUCUCUGUCCCCUCCCCGGGGAGAGCUCUGACUCAGAUCCAGGGCCCCCCUCACGUUCCUCUUCAUGCUGCUGUGGCCAACGCUGUCGUCACCCCCGUCACCGCCACCGCUACAACACCUUCAGUGCCAGCUCUGACGGAGCAGCGGGCGGCUCAGCACCAGGUCUGGACCACGACCUCAUCUCAAGCUCAGACCCCCCCCUCAGCCUCCCUACACUCCCCCAUCCCCUCCCUACCUCAGGGGUCCCCCCCAGGACUCCCUGCGGUGGUGUCAGUGCAGCAGGUGUCUCAGAUCCCGGUCUCAGCUGUGCAGGUCCACAUGGGCCUCCCGGUCUCCUCUGUAGUGACCACUGUCAGACCCUCACAGCCUCAGAUCCAGACUCCACACUCCCCCCAGCGCCAGGCCCAGAUCCGGGCCCAGAUCCAGGUCCAGCCGUUCGGCCAAGUGCAACACAUUCAGGCCCAAGCACAAGCCCAGAACCACGGCCAGGUCCGGGUUCAGUUCCAGCCUCAAACGCGAAACCAGCCUCAGGUCCAGUACCAGUCCCAGGUCCAAACCAGGGUCCAGCCUCAGUACCACCCACAGAUACAGGCCUCGUUUCAGCCCCAGGCUCAGCAGCAGGUCCAGACUCAGGCCCAGACCCAGCUCCAUCCCCAGGUUCAGGUCCAGUUCCAGCAACAGAGCCAGGUUCAGCCUCAGGCCCUGCAGCAACCCCAGGUCCAAACACAAGUCCAAACCCAGUUCCAGGUCCAGCAGCAGCAACCCCAGGUCCAAACUCAAGUACAAACCCAAUUCCAGGUCCAGACCCCGCAGCAGCAGAUUCAGAUCCAAGCCCAGCCCCAGGUCCAAGCCAAGCUCCAGGUCCAGUUCCAGUCUCAGAACCAAACCCAAGUCCAGGUCCAGUCCCCCAUCAGGCACCAGCUCAUCACGGUCCCGGGCCUCCAGCAGCCGGUGCAGCUCCUCUCCGCUCUGCCCCCCCACGUGGCGGCUCAGAUCGCCCAGAUCCAGGCCCAGCAGCAGGGCGGCGCCGUGCCGCAGCAGAUCAAGCUGCAGCUGCCCAUCCAGAUCCAGCAGGCGACGGGGGGGCAGAUCCAGACCCACCAGAUCCAGAACGUGGUGACCAUCCAGGCGCCGGCCAGCGUCCAGGAGCUGCAGAGGAUCCAGCAGAAACCAAAGAAGAAGAAGCAGCAGGAGGGGAAGAGGGAGCCGAAGGACCAGAACCUGCAAGCCGUCAGCCCGGGGGGGGAUGGGGUCCAGAAACAGGCGGCGGUGAAGCAGAACGCCUCGGCGGAGCAGCUGAAGCAGAAGAAGAGUCUCGCUGCGGCCGAGAGGGAGGAGAACCAGAGGAUGAUCGUGUGCAACCAGGUGAUGAAGUUCAUCCUGGACAAGAUCGAGAAGGACGAGAAGCAGGCGGCCAAGAAGAGGAAGAAGGAGGAGGUGGUGGAGCAGAAGCGCUCCAAACAGAAUGCCUCCAAGCUGACGGCGCUGCUGUACAAACACAAGGAGCAGCUGAAGUCCGAGAUCCUGAAGAAGAGGGCUCUGCUGGACAAGGACCUGCAGCUGCAAGUCCAGGAGGAGCUGAGGCGGGACAUCGCUCGCCUGCAGAAGGAGAAGGAGAAGGCCAGAGCGGCCAUCACUCAGGCGGCGGCGGCCACAGUGAAGGCCGCUGCCGCCGCCUCACACACUUCCUCACACUCCUCCCAUCACGCCUCACAUUCCUCCCACAGCGCACACACCUCGCCCACCUCCUCCUCCUCUUCGUCACACAAACGUAAGCGGGAGGAGGAGCGGGACAAAGACAGGAACCGGAUCAGGGACCGGCAUCACGACAAGGAGAAGAAACGGGAGCGGGAUAAAGAUCGGGAUAAGGAGCGGGAUAAAGAUCGGGAACGCUGUAGAGAUGAUAAAGAUAAAGACCGGGAAGGGGAGAGGGAGAGGGAGAAAGAGAGGGACAGACAUCGGGACAAAGAGAAGGACAAAGAGCCGGACAGAGACAAAGACAGAGACAAACACAAGAAGAAGAAGAAGCCCUCGUCCUCCUCCAAGGAUCACAAGAAGGAGCCCAAGCUGUACUGUGUCUGCAAGACGGCCUACGACGAGUCCAAGUUCUACAUCGGCUGCGACCUGUGCUCCAACUGGUUCCACGGGGCCUGUGUGGGCAUCACGGAGAAGGAGGCCAAGAAGCUGGAGGACUUUGUCUGUGACGACUGUAAACGCGGUCAGGAGGGGGGGAGCACCGAGGAACUGUACUGCAUCUGCCGGACCCCCUACGACGAGUCACAGUUCUACAUCGGCUGCGACCGCUGUCAGAACUGGUAUCACGGGCGCUGCGUGGGGAUCCUGCAGAGCGAGGCGACGCACAUCGACCUGUACGUCUGUCCGCAGUGUCAGUCCACCGAGGACGCCAUGACGGUCCUCACGCCGCUCACAGACAAGGACUACGAGGGGCUGAAGAGGAUCCUGCGCUCGCUACAGACUCAUAAAAUGGCGUGGCCUUUCCUGGACCCGGUGGACCCCCACGACGCUCCGGAUUAUUACCGCGUCAUCAAGGAGCCGAUGGACUUCUCCACGAUGGAAACCCGUCUGCAGAAGCGACACUACCACAAGCUCACGGAGUUUGUGGCGGACGUGACCAAAAUCUUCGACAACUGUCGCUACUACAACCCCAACGACACGCCCUUCUUCCAGUGUGCCGAGGUGCUGGAGGCCUUCUUCGUUCAGAAGCUCAAAGGCUUCAAAGCCAGCAGGUCUCAUAACAACAAGCUACAGUGUUCGACGGCCUCUUAGAAAAAGCAGCGCACAUUUCUCAAACAACAAAAAAAUGCACUUGCCAAGAAAAUGGCUUUUUUUCUGAACUGUGUGACGGGAGUGUCGUGCUGCGUUCAGGGUCCCCUUUGACGCUCUGAAAGGGACCUUUUUUUUGGACCUGUGUUCAUCAGUGGGACUGUACUGAGGAGCGUUUCAGAAGGCGGUUUACCUCGGAGAAAAGACUCUUUAAUCCAUGUUUAUUUUUUGGGAUCUCAGUCUUUUCUCAUUCUUUUUUUUCUUGUUUAACAAAAGGCCAUCCUUGUGGUCGACAUUUCCAAUGAGAAAUUUGAAUAUCGACGAACAAUAGCUGAGUUUUACUGAGCAUCAAGUGUCUAAAUUAGCAUUUUUCCCACUUUUUGUUUGGAAAGACGGUUGUACUGACACGUGGCCGCAGUAGGGCGCUUGGUUUUAAGUCUGUGACCUACUGAUCGAACAGUAAUAAGCUAUUGUAAAUGGAUCGACUGACUCAGAAGGAUGGCACGAUAAAUCUGAAGGUUUCUGCCCUGUUUGUAAAAAAUAAUGAUUAUAAUUGUCCAAUUUUCACCUGAUUUGUUUUUCUUUUUUUGUAUUACAUCUGAAGAAAUAUUGAUGUAUAUGGAACUUAAUAAAAUAUAAAACAUGGAUUUCUUCCUGGAUGUGUAAAAAUGUUUUUUAAACUUGAUUAUAAUAAUAAAAAAUGUAUGAAUUUGG